AUGGAGCCUUCAGAAAUGCUCUCCAACGACAACAGUACGUUCCUGUUCACCUCAGAGUCCGUUUCGGAAGGACAUCCGGAUAAGAUGUGCGAUCAGGUUCGUUUUUCCAUCGUUGCUUCGGAAAAUCCAGGUCUUCCGGUACAUAAUUGUUUUUUAAUGGACAUCAGACCUUAAUUCUGAUGAUAAGAAACCUCGAACUUGAUCUAAUACUGAGAGAUGUAGGAUGAUCUCACUUGAAUAAACAGUGAACUUUGAAGUUUUCCACCUCAAAAUGGACAGUUUCAUUACACAUUACAUGAAAUUUGAUUGAAAAAAACCUGGAAAACCAUUGAAUUCCGAUUUGAAGAUCUCCGACGCGAUUCUCGACGCCUUCAUUGCCCAAGAUCCUCAUGCCAAAGUCGCUUGUGGUAAUUCAGGAAUUCCGAAAAGGAAAAACGAAUUUCAUUCUUCAGAAACGGCCACCAAGACGGGAAUGAUCAUGCUCUUCGGAGAAAUCAACUCGAGAGCCAACGUCGACUAUCAAACUGUCGUCCGGAAUGUCGUCAAGAAGAUUGGAUACGACGAUUCGAGCAAAGGUGAGGAAUUUUUCGGAAGGGAAGGGAGAUUGGGAACAGUUUUCUGGAGGUCUUCUGAAAGGAAAUUUUAGAACUUUAUUCGAGAGAAGACCUCGCAACAGCAGAAAUUACUCGUAGAGAGCUAAGAAACGGUUCAGAAUUUCUCAAAAAAUGGAUUAGGUACUGCUUGAAAAAAAAAACUUGAAUAAAGCUCAAAAUGAGCCAAAAAAUGCUCUGAAAUGGCUGGAAGAAGCUCAAAAAACAUGGAAAUUCGAACUCUCGUAAAUCAAUUUUUGUUUCGAAUCGAGCUUUUUGAAUCGAGUAUCGAGCAAUUCUGCUUCCCUAUAAGUUUGUCAAAAUCUUGCCCACAAAAAAACGAUAGUUCUUCUUGUUUUGCUCAGAACUAGUCAAUCUGAUGCAACUUUUGAAAUUUUCUUUUUUUCUCUUUUUCGGAUCAUAAGUUCAAAUAGAGAAAAGAAAAAAACGAAUGGGAACGAAGAAACAAAAAAGAUAUUUUUUCCCAUCUGAGCACACAAUAGUCUCUGGCCUAACAUGAGGAAAUCUGAUGCAAUCUCGAAAGAAUGUUUUUUUUUUUUGUUUUGUUUUACUCUAGUCAUAAGUUCAAACAGAGUCUAGGGUGGACAAUAAAGGGAUAGACAACUUGGAAAGACUUGAACUAGGAACCAUGCAGCUCAUAGGGAAAGGGUCUGAAGUUCAGCCAAGAAGUCAAUAAAUUAUUACUUGUUUACAUCAUAUUUUAUUGAUUUCGAAACUAACAAACACGUUUGAACCAGUCACCUUAAGGACAUUAGGAAAGAUCCUUUCCAGCUGAGCCAUGUUUGAUAUAGAUAAAUUUAUAGAAAUGUUAACCUUGCACAAUAUCUACCGCAUUAACGUUAGAAAGACUGAACCAGCGACCUCUCACACGUGUCAGAAGUUAGGUAUGAGCCUUACCCAUUGAGAAUGUAUGUUACUGUACUGAACGCAAAACUUGAAAUGACUUGCCCACAUAAGACUUGACUUCAAAAAAUUCUGGAGGGUUCAAAUCAGAACUUUGGACGUUGAAAAAGCCUUACCAACCAAACCACGUCAUAACUAAAAAAAAGUCUGCAGGAUUCGACUACAAGACGUGCAGUGUGAUGGUGUCGCUGGAACAGCAGUCGCCGGAAAUCGCGGCCGGAGUCCACGAGCAGAAGUCGGACGACGACGUCGGGGCCGGAGACCAGGGUCUGAUGUUCGGUUACGCGACCGACGAGACCGAGGAAGCGAUUCCUCUGACCUUGCAAAUCUCCCAUCAACUCAACGCCAAGCUUCACGAGCUCCGCAGGAAUGGCAAGCUCGCAUGGGCUCGCCCCGACUCCAAGACUCAGGUGAGCACUGUCUUUGAAGCUGACGCACUAUCCUUGAAGCUGAAGCACUAUCCUUGAAGCUGUGAAAGAGAAAAGGAAGUCAUCGGGUCUUGAGAUGAGCUGCUGUGCUUUUGAACACUCCUCCUCUGGCUUGGUUCUAGAAAGUCUAAUGAAUUUAGAGAGAAAAUGAAAAAAUUAAUACCUUGAUCAAAAAUAUACGUAUCAAAAAUCAAUCAGAAUGAUGAUUAUUUUCAGGUGACGGUAGAGUACAAGUUCGAGAACGGCGCGUGUGUUCCGAAACGCGUCCACACGAUCGUCAUCUCGACGCAGCACUCGCCCGACGUCACCCUGGAAGACGUGCGGAAGGACCUCGUCGAGAAGGUUGUCAAGGCGGUCGUCCCGGCGAAUCUCCUCGACGCCAACACCGUCUACCACCUCAACCCCUGCGGAUCUUUCAUCGUCGGCGGUCCGAUGGGCGACGCCGGCUUGACCGGCAGGAAGAUCAUCGUCGACACGUACGGCGGCUGGGGAGCCCACGGCGGCGGCGCCUUCUCCGGAAAGGACCCGACCAAGGUGGACCGAUCUGCGGCCUACGCCGCCAGAUGGGUCGCCAAGUCCCUGGUCAAGGCCGGGAUCUGUCGUCGGUGCCUCGUCCAAGUCGCCUACGCGAUCGGCGUCUCUCGGCCUCUGUCCAUCCUUGUCUUCUCCUUCGGCACGUCUUCUCUCAACGAACAGGAGCUUCUCCAGAUCGUCAACGACAACUUCGAUCUCCGUCCCGGCAAGAUCAUCAAGUGAGUUGAGAAGAAGAGUUGAGACUAGCUGGUGAGAAAUAACUUGAAAAAUAAUUUUCUUUCGGAAAUGUAUGGUUGAGAAAGAAAUUCAGAAAAAACACUCGAAUUUGACCUUUCACAAAUUUUGAAGGAAUUUUAAUUUUCUCACAAUUUUUCUAUGAAAAAGGUUGUAACUUGCAAGUUUUUAAAAAGUUACUUUCAUAACCUCGAAAUUAAACUUUCAAAUUGAGGGAGCUCGACCUGAAACGACCAAUCUACGAGCAAACGGCCGAAAAUGGUCACUUUGGCCACAAGAAAUUCCCGUGGGAGCAGCCGAAAUCAUUGAAAAUCGCUCCAGAAAUCCUGGCCAAGGCCAGAAACGGGCCGAAAAAAAUCAUGUCAUCGGUUCAAUGGCUCACUAGUUUUUUUGUUAAAUAGAUUUUUUUAUAUGGUAUUGCACGGUAUCAUUUAUUUUUCAAUUUAUGGGUAAUAAACUAUUCCGAAAAGAAUGUUUUUCAGCUGAAUAGUAUUCAUAAUUUAUCGCGAUGUCUAUCUUGAUUUUGAAAUUUUCUAGAGUUUGCAAAACGAAUUCGAGUUGGUUGCUAAUACAGGCAAUUUACAAUUCACUCCUCCUCCUCUUGAAGUUUCUUCAGCUCUUCAAUCACAUGUUUCUGGAUGCUGGCGAGCUGCUUCAUUGCCUCCGGCGACAAGUUUCCAUCCUCGUCCGUUUGUGA